CUAAGCGAGCUUUUUUACGACCGCAAGGAACUCUUGAAGAAGCAGUUUGGAGCGCAACUCGUCGGUGAUCAGGGAAGGGAGCUAUUAGCUGACAUGUUCCAUGAGACGCGGACUGUUUUGCUUUUUGAUCCCCCAAGUUCCUCUUCUAGCACGCGGAGAAUAACUGAGAAGCUUCCUACUUCCUACGCAAAAACGUUUCUUCGUCCUUGGUUCACUACCGCCAUGUUGCCUUGGUCGGAUGCGAGCGGUCGGCUGCGCCUAUCUUUGGCCUUGGACGGAGAAAGAGUCCCAGGAUGUGUCGCUACGAGGAUAGAAUGUUCUUCUGGUACAAGUUCUACUAGAAGUACUAGAGGUCCUCGUGCAGGAGGAAAAGCAACAAGAGGAAAACCAACAACUUCAUCAUCCUGGGUGUACAACGGUCCCGGGAUAGCUGAAUGUCGCGCACCGUCGUUUUCCUAUACUGUUGGCGUCUCAGUAGGCGUACAUCACCAAACGGAAGACGGGGAAGACCGAGGAAGGGAAUGUGCGUUGAUGAAUUGGUGGUACGACACGGGACAAACAGCCAUCUUAAAAGGGUUACUUACAGGAGAUGGACUGGAAUUUUUACGGCAAAGGCUCAAUGUAAUGCUAAUUCUAAUCGUUUGUUUUUUAUCCGUUGUAAGAAGAAUAUCUUAACUUUGGUCUUCCUCGGUCUAUCUCAUCAUUCUUAUGAUUAUGAUAGGUCAUCUUCUAUUUUUCUCGGCCUCCCUAAUGAGCUGAAGAUGAGUUAGAUUCUAAAGAAAUGAGCAGCUGAAGAAAUGGAAAUGGAUUGCUUUAAGCUCUAAUAGAAGACAGGACAAGGAGAAGUGGUGGGAACGAAAAUGCCGCUGCACCUGUAGAUCCCAAGAAAAUGCUACCCGCUCAAGUAUCGCCAGACUAUGCAGUUUUCCACCGGAUUGUGCCAAAAGGUCUACAGGGAUCGAGUGAGCAUGUAUCUGCAGGUGUGACACCGACAGGUGGGGAGCAACAACAGCACGCGGGAAUGUCGUCGACUGGCAGUGGUUAUGAUUCACUCUUGCAUCAUUUCAAUACAUAUUUAUACAUAGUAGAUUCAGACUACUUGAUACUUGACAAAAAUAACGAAAAUAUAUGUGUUGCUAUACAAUGACACUUCUGAACCAAUCGACAGACUGUAUCUGUGUGCACGUGUGUGUCUGACGAGAACUUCUCUAAUCUUACGCCAGUCAAGUAGACGGACUGCCAUCUUCUUCACUAUUAUCUUCGGCCACAAGAACCUCUUCUAGUAUGGAAACUUCUGCAAGUACAGGCAAGGCAUCGUCUCCUGCCUCCGUGACGUUGUACCAGGACCCCUUAGAUUUCCUGUUAGACGACAGAUUGGACAUCCUAAUCAUGAUUCCGGUCUGUGCCAAACAACACGCCUUGAUGAACCUCGCGCGAACGACGUAUUUGAAGAAAACACUCUACUUGUAAGGCUAGAGCUGAAGCAUCCGCAACACCAUCCUUGCCUUGUUUUUCAAGGGGAAAACGGGGGCAGGGGUGGGCUCAAGGAAGCGACGCGGUAACUCUAAUACUUCUCCGAGAUUCAGCAUGUCCUAGACCUAGAAGGACCAAAGCUCAUGCCCGAUAGUGAGGAGACGGCUGCGAACAUCCUGAAAAAUGGAGAGUCCAUUCUUGCGAGAAAUGAGGAAGGCGGAGAAGGAAUAGAGACUGCAGACAAGUACCACGAAAGAGACGUGAUUCGUGCUCGUGCUGUCCGAGCCUUCUAUGAGAAAAACGACAAAGCUUUGGAGCGCCUCGCCAAAACGGAAAGAUUGCUUAAGCACUAUCCACCGAGUGGUAAGGAUUUCUCCAUAACUGUGGCAUCGCGUGCCAUCCAAAAGGCAGCUUUUGCCGUCACCGACGCAUCCACAGGCACACAGCUGCUUUCGGCACAUGGAACUUACAUUACGGACUUACACGCUCGCUUAUAAUUCAUUGAUACUGAUUAAUGCAGUCCUUGUAGUGGAUGGAAAGAUAACGUUCUUGUACUUGUAUUUUUGUAAUUAGGAACAAAUACUUAUAGAAGUACUAAACACCCGCUCAGCACACAAGCUUAUAAUAGAAGUACAUCGAAGAUGAAGUCGACAAAUUCUUUUUUGCAAAUCCACUUACGACCAGUCAUCUCUUCUUCAUCUAAUUCCUUCUUGAAGAAGACUCGCGUUGCGACCAAGUGGCACUACUUCGUGGUGUGUCGCGAUGACCCAGAUUUCAAGUCGUUGUUGAUUGACGACGAAGAAGGCAAACAUUUGGCGGAUGUCUUAGUAGUCGAUGUGCCUCAUGGUUACAAGCACUUGGCGGAGAAAAUGACAGCAGCAUUCAUUAGGGCUAACCUUCUCCUCGUUCAGGUCCUCGUCUAGUCUUUUCUCUAAUCACUUUGAUGCGUGUCUUGUCUCUAGUUUGUUACCGUAGCCAUUUUGGCUCAAGGAAAAGCUGAUAGCCGAAAGCAACCUCAUCAACAAGCUCGUUAAAUCAAUGCCUUACACUCUUUGGAUUUAAAGUUACUUUGAUGGGGGAAUUCUAGCCCAUUGAUGAUAAAAAUGGACAGUAGUAGUUGUAGCUGCGACGUGUGUAGCGCUGUAUUUCUGAAUUUUUCUAAUCUCCGAAAAGCCUUGCAGAUGCAUCCCAGUGUGCGAUAUUUUGUUCGAGCGGAUGUGGAUAACGCCAUGGAUCUGCAGACCAUUCUAAACUUUCUACCAACUGUUGAGGUACAGACCAUUCUAAACUUUCUACCAACUGUUGAGGUACAGACCAUUCUAAACUUUCUACCAACUGUUGAGGUACAGACCAUUCUAAACUUUCUACCAACUGUUGAGGUACAGACCAUUCUAAACUUUCUACCAACUGUUGAGGUACAGACUGACUACCUUGAACAAUCUGCCAACUAUUACAUAGCAGACCACCUAGAACUAGAAGAUGACUACGUGUUAUUGUAGGCGGAAAAAAAAAUGAAGGUGACACACUAGUUGUACUCAGUACAUAUCAUUUGAUUGAUGUUGAAGCAGGGUGAUUGAUGAUUUUCUCCUCUCCCACCAACAACAGGCUGGCCAAGAAUGGGAGACGUUGUCAGAUCACUUCUGCGAUUACCAGGGGGAUGAGGUUCUGGACAGAUUCCGGACGUAUGCGCCUCAUUGUUAAGGCCUUCACAAAUUGACCUUCGGAAGCAUCAUCUUGAGAACGUUUUGCAGGAGUGGAAAUAAACGGUUUUUCUUCUAGGAUACACGUUCUUGCAGAGGGAAUAUAAGGUCUAGAGGAAGUAGAAGCUUCUUCUAGGAUACAUGAUUUCAAGAACGUUUUGUAAAGUAGGGAACGAAAUCUCAGGAUGCUUCGCAAGCAUUUGGAACAGCAUUUGGUCUAACAUUGGAAUAGCACGUUCUUGCAAUGCAGCACCAUGUGUCAGAGGAACCCGCGUUGUAGGUGGUUCGAGUGGGGGGAAGGGGAACCGGGAACAGGGAAUAGCCAUUGCUUCACGUUUUCUUAAGAACAAGGCUCAUACAAUUGAAAAACGACCAUUGAUUCAAUUAGAAGCAUAUACAUGGAAAAUUUUGAUUCUGUAUUCAGAGAAUUUUGCCAAAUCAACAAUCGUAGUUGCACAAAUUUCUUGAGUAUGCUCUUGCAUGAGCUUAAGCCUCUAGUAAUUCAUAGUGAUACCUAACACUAACAGGUAAAGUAACACGCUCUGUACUAUUCACUUCUCACUCUAGUAUCUAUCAUCUAAGGGAUCCAUUGCGAGCGCGUCGUCGCCUUACCGCCUCGUCUACCUGCACGACGAAACAACGUAG